AUGGAUUAUCCUCCAAGACCUUCAUUCACAGCACAUCAAGGAUCCAACAUCUUCCAGGAUCAAGGAUACUUAAGGAGUGUGCAACCCGGAAGUUCAGAUGUUCAUCUAGGAGACUUCAUACCGAUGCAGACUAUUGCUUCUUCUGGUCCCUCAGUUAUACCAGAAUCCCCUCAAUAUGGAUUCACAUCUGGAAUUCCAACCUUGAAUCCAUUAGGAGGAAUCAACCAAGCUAUGGCUAAGGAAUUGCAGAAACUCAAAGAUAUGAUAUCCAGCUUUCCAGGAGUGAGUUUAGAGGUUAGGUGGCCAAGGAAGAAUGACAAACCGUCUGCCACCAAAGACGAAUCGAAAUGGUCUUUCAAGCCAAUACACCAAAAAAAGAGGAAAUUUGCACCUGAAAGAAAUGCCAUUAUCCAAGAAGAGGUACCCAGGGAAGAAAAUGUAGAAGCUGAUGCUCUAGCUAAUCUUGGAUCAUCACUGAAGAUUCCAGAGGAUGUGAAAAUACUCAUUAUCCAUGUUUUAACUCCUGCAAUUGAGGAUCACACAGCUAUGGAGAUAGUAGAUGAUUCUGCAAUCAUACCUAGUGAUGGUGCACAGUCAAAUUCAGGAUGCGAACGUCAGAGUACAGAACGAUCAGGGCAAUCUGAGGGAAGCACUGCACCUACACCUACACCAACUCCACGAGAAGAACCUCGCCCGGAAAAGAAGGUAGAUGAUACGAAAGUAUCUAAAGCUAUAGAAACAGAAAUCUCUAAAGAAUGUAAUUACAAGACUUUCAUUUCAUGUAAUCCUCCUUCAUUCGACGGGAAGAAAUGUGCUAUUGAGGCACAUGAAUGGCUAAGUGAGGUAGAAGCCAUUCUAGACGUCAGUGAUUGCCAUCAAAGAAAUAAAGUUAGGUUUGCUGUUCAUUUGUUUAAAUCCGAAGCCUUAUUUUGGUGGAGGAUACAAAAGCAAACUAGAGGUGAUGAUCUGGCAUAUCGCCUGAGUUGGAAGGAGUUUUCAGAACUGUUUACAAAUUACUUCUGUCCACCAAGCGAAACUGACAGAAUAGAAAAGGAAUUUUUGCAUCUUGAACUCGGGAAUAAGACAUACCGGGAAUAUGUCACCAAAUUCAAUGAAAUGUCUCGAAUAGUGUCUUACUUGGUGAACCCUGAAGAAAAUCGUAUUCGAAGAUUCCUAUGGGGACUCCCCACAGAAUAUCGCACGUUUAUCAAGUCUACCAAACCAACUAUCUAUCAUGAUGCGGUAGAGGCUGGGGCAACUAUCGCCACUGAGAUCCAACAAAAGAAAACCCCAGAAACUAUCCCGAAAAGGAAAUGGGAAAACUACCAAGAACAAAAGAAACCCAAUUACAGAGAUUUUAAGAGGCAACGAGGACCCCCACCUAGGUGCCCAACUUGUGGAAAAGGACAUUCCGGUCCAUGUAACCAGUUAGUCUGUAGAAAUUGUAAGAAACCUGGACACAACUAUCGUGAUUGUAGAGAGCCACGUAAGUGUUUUAAAUGUGGAGAGACGGGCCACUAUAGUGAUAGCUGUCCUAAGAGGAAUGAGGAACCUAAUAAAGCAAGAGGGAGAGCUUAUGUUCUGAAUACUGAAGAGGCUCGUAGGAACCCUGAUGUCAUAACAGGUACAUUUCUCCUUAACAACUUUUAUGCUAAAAUACUAUUUGAUACUGGUGCCGAUAGAAGUUUUAUAUCUGAGCACUUUAGAGUUUUGAUUAAUCAGACUCCUUGUAAGCUAGAUAAGCCAUUUAUAGUAGAACUAGCAGAUGGGAGGGAAGAAGAAAUUGUGAGUGUGGUAAAGGAUUGUACCAUCCAGAUUAGUAAGACCCCAAUAUCCAUAGACUUACUACCACUGAAACUUGGAGAGUUCGACGUAGUAAUAGGAAUGGAUUGGUUAUCUAGUCACCAAGCUCAAAUAUUGUGUGAUAAGAAGCAAAUUCAAAUUAAGGACCCAAAAGGGGGAACUGUAACAAUUGAUGGGGAAAGACCUAGUAAACCCUUAAGUUUUAUUUCCAUGAUAAAAGUAUCCAAGUGUAUUCAAAAGGGUCAUUUAGCUUACCUAGUAUAUGCACUAGAGGCAAAGGAAGAAAAGAAACUAGAAGAGGUAGCAGUAGUGGCUGAAUUCCCUGAAGUAUUCCCUGAAGAUCUUCCCGGAUUACCACCUGACAGACAAAUUGAGUUUAGAAUUGACUUGAUCCCAGGAGCAACCCCUAUUAUCACUAUAAAGAAUCAAUACCCACUCCCAAGAAUCGAUGAUCUUUUUGAUCAAUUACAAGGCGCAAGCUACUUCUCGAAGAUAGACCUAAGAUCUGGGUAUCAUCAAUUAAAGGUUAGAGAAGAAGAUAUACCCAAGACUGCCUUUAGGACAAGGUAUGGUCACUACGAGUUCCUAGUGAUGCCUUUCGGCCUCACUAAUGCACCAGCUGCCUUCAUGGACCUUAUGAACCAAGUCUGCAAACCAUACUUGGAUCAAUUUGUAAUCGUCUUCAUAGAUGAUAUCCUAAUCUACUCUAAGAGUAGAGAAACACACGAGGCGAUGCCUCUAACGACACUGACUCAGAAAAAUACCCCAUUUGUCUGGGGCAGCCAACAAGAAGAAGCUUUUAAUCUUUUGAAAACAAAGUUAUCCAGUACCCCAGUACUUGCAUUACCCGAGGGUACCGAAGAUUUUGUAGUAUAUUGUGAUGCUUCUCAUUAUGGACUAGGGUGUGUGUUGAUGCAAAGAGGCAAAGUUAUCGCCUAUGCAUCUCGACAGUUAAAGAUACAUGAAAGAAACUACACCACCCAUGAUCUAGAACUCGGAGCAGUAGUAUUUUAUAUAUUUGAGCAAAAGAUGUUGAACAUGAGACAGAGGAGAUGGAUGGAGUUGUUGAAUGACUAUGAUUGUGAAAUUCGUUACCAUCCAGGAAAAGCUAAUGUAGUAGCAGAUGCCCUUAGUCGGAAGGACAAAGUUAAACCUUUAAGAAUACGUGCAUCUAGAAUUGAAGUGAAAAUAGGUUUACUAGAACGAAUUAAGGAUGCACAGACACAUGCCCUGAAAGUUGAGCAGAUUAACAAAGAAAGGAUGGUGGGAAAACAAGAACUACUUGUUAAAGGAGAAGAUGGAAUACUAAGACUCCACAAUAGGAUUUGGAUACCUAUUGUGGGAGGACUCAGGGAUAUGGUGAUGGAAGAAGCACAUAGAUCAAAGUAUACAAUGCAUCCUGGCAGUACGAAGAUGUACAAGAAAAUUCGAGAUGAAUAUUGGUGGCCAGGGAUGAAGCAAUCAAUCAAUGAAUAUGUGGAAAAAUGCAUGACGUGUUCACAGGUCAAAACAGAACAUCAGAAGCCUGCAGGAUGUUUAAUCCAACCCGAGAUCCCUGAAUGGAAAUGGGAGAUGAUAACCAUGGAUUUCAUUACUAAACUUCCACGAACUAAGAAUGGUCACGAUACUAUUUGGGUUAUAGUAGAUCGUUUAACUAAGUCUGCUCAUUUCUUGCCAAUACGAGAAGAUUAUAAAAUGGAUAAAUUAGCAAGAAUUUAUGUCAAAGAAAUUGUCACCCGUCAUGGAGUACCUAUCUCCAUUAUAUCAGAUAGAUAUAGCCGUUUUACGUCCAGAUUUUGGCAAAGCUUCCAAAAGGAAUUGGGAACAAAAGUAAAUUUAAGUACGGCUUAUCACCCACAGACAGAUGGCCAAAGUGAAAGAACCAUACAAACACUGGAAGACAUGCUUAGGGCAUGUGUGAUAGACUUUGGAGGAAACUGGGAUGAGCAUUUACCUCUAAUAGAGUUUGCAUACAAUAAUAGUUAUCACGCAAGCAUCAAGGCGGCUCCGUUUAAAGCACUAUAUGGAAGGAAGUGUCGUACCCCAGUUUGUUGGACUGAGAUUGGUAGAAAUCCAUUAGCUGGACCCGAAAUUAUUGAAGAAACUACCAAUAAAAUCAUACAAAUCCGAGAAAGAAUGAAGACUGCUAGAGAUAGACAGAAAAGUUAUACCGACAGACGAAGAAGACCCUUAGAAUUUCAAGUUGGCGACAAGGUAUUACUUAAGGUCUCGCCUUGGAAAGGUAUCAUUCGUUUCAGGAAGAAAGGAAAACUAAGUCCGCGCUAUAUUGGACCAUUUGAGAUAAGCGAAAGAGUUGGUCCUGUAGCAUAUAGGUUAAAAUUGCCAACAGAAUUACAAGGAAUUCAUGACACGUUUCACGUGUCAAAUUUAAGAAAGUGUCUAGCGGACGAGUCACUUAAGAUACCCUGGCAGGAGAUCCAGAUCAAUGACAAGUUGAACUUCACAGAGCGCCCCAUUCAGAUCAUAGAUCGACGCAUAAAGAAAUUAAGAAACAGGGAGUUUCCUCUAGUACGAGUAAAAAAAAACAAAUGGGAUGCAAGGAGAGGACCUGAAGAGACAUGGGAAAAAGAAGACGAGAUGAAACAAAAAUAUCCACAUCUCUUUGCUUAA